CUUUCAUAGUGCCUUGGCUUGGAGCUUCCUAAAGUGCGUGCAGGACUCGAUGGAAUUGAAUUAAUUCGACAUGGCCCGUGCAUCGCCGAGUCGACAGUGCAGCCAAGGCCCACCACUCGGGCCUGAGGCUGUCAUCUGAUUCCGGCUUUUCCCUCAAUCGUGGCCAGCCCGUCGCAUGGUCAAUUGAUUGUCCGUCGUUUUCUAGGGGCGCCGGGACUUUGGCGGUCGAAUUGUCCUCGAUCCCGCUCGCGUCGAGCCUCGAUAAUCGGUUCGAGACAGCACGCACGGCACAGCUGCAGCCUGCGUCGUCUUCGACGUGCACACCGCUCGACCACCCCAGGCCUCUCCGCUUUUGGCCAACGCACCUGCACCCUAUCGCUACGCCCACCCACCCGAUAACGGAGGGAACCUCUGCUUUCGGCACCUUUUUUUUUCUCCCUCCUUUUUUGCCCUGACCAACCCCCUCCUCCCUUCCAGCUAGUCUCGACCAGGAUAUCCACCUGAUUCUGAUUGAUUGCAGGCUGCCGGCGCAGUCUAUGCAAUGUCAAACCACCCAGGCAACACCCUCCGAGGCACUCCCAGCCGCGCCUCAGGACGUGGAGCCAUCCCGAGCUUUGGCAACAGCCCGUCCGGCUCCUCCUCCGCCAUCCCCCGCCCCGUCCACGACCAGAACGUCAACAGCCACCCUCCGCAUAGCCCGCACCCGCCGCCAGCAAGUGAAGUCGGAGGUUCCACCAUGAGUGCAAGCAGACAGAAACAGAGUAAGCGGGAUGAGGCCAUCCGCCGCAAGAUGGAGAAUGACCUCCAGAAGAAGAAGGUCCACAUCCCCGGCCGCGCCCGGAGCUCGCGCAAGGCCCCGCCCGGCACCGUCCUGGCCCUCAAGCCGAGCCAGGCUCUCCAGAUCAAGCCCGCCACCACCGUGGCCGAGGCCGCCCAGUUGAUGGCCGCCAAGCGCGAAGACUGUGUGCUGGUCACAGACGACGAUGACCGCAUCGCCGGCAUCUUCACCGCAAAGGAUCUGGCCUUCCGCGUCGUCGGUGCGGGCCUCAAGGCCACAAACGUCACCAUCGCUGAGAUCAUGACCAAGAACCCGCUUUGCGCCCGCACCGACACUAGCGCAACCGACGCCCUGGAUCUCAUGGUGCGCAAGGGCUUCCGCCACCUGCCUGUCAUGGACGAAAACCAGGACAUCUCGGGUAUUCUCGAUAUUACAAAGUGCUUCUACGACGCCAUGGAGAAGCUCGAGCGCGCCUACUCGUCCUCGCGCAAGCUCUACGACGCGCUCGAGGGCGUCCAGUCCGAGCUGGGCUCGAGCCAGCCGCAGCAGAUUAUCCAGUACGUCGAGGCCCUGCGCAGCAAGAUGUCGGGCCCCACCCUCGAGUCGGUGCUCAACGGCAAACCUCCCACCACCGUUGGUGUAAAGACGUCGGUUAGAGAGGCUGCCCAGAUAAUGAGGGAAAAUCACACCACUGCCGUCCUUGUCCAGGACCAGGGCCAGAUCACGGGCAUCUUUACGAGCAAGGACGUUGUUCUGCGCGUCAUCGCCCCCGGGCUUGACCCCGGGAACUGCAGCGUUGUCAGGGUCAUGACCCCUCACCCAGAUUUUGCCCCCAUGGACAUGAGCAUCCAGGCCGCGCUGCGGAAGAUGCACGAUGGCCAUUACCUCAACCUGCCCGUCAUGAACGACGCGGGCGAGAUUGUCGGCAUGGUGGACGUGCUCAAGCUCACGUAUGCCACGCUUGAGCAGAUCAACACCAUGUCGAGCGGUGACAGCGAGGGCCCUGCAUGGAACAAGUUCUGGCUCUCCCUAGACAACGAGACCGAGUCGGUCAUGUCGGGAGAAGGGUCGCAUCACCCCUCGCACAUGCCGCCGCGCUCCGUCAUAUCGCCUGACAUGACGCGCGGAGACCGCCUUGAUAGCGUCGCGCCAGGAGAUUCGGCGUCGCACGCAGGAUUUGACGAGGGCUCGAUUGUGGGCGGCACCCCUGACCUCUCGCCCAGCGAGAUCCCGUUCCCUUUCAAGUUCAAGGCCCCCAGCGGCCGCGUGCACAGGCUGCAGGUGGUUGCGGCGCACGGAGUGUCCACCUUUAUAACCAACGUAACGUCCAAGCUGGGUGGCGAGCUCGAGGCCGUGGGCGGUGCCCCCGAGGUGGAUGAAGACGGCCAGAUCGGCGCUGGAUUCGCCAUGUCCUACCUGGACAACGACGGCGACUCGGUCAGCAUCACGGCUGAUCAGGACCUGCUGGAAGCCAUCUUGCUGGCGCGCCAGUCUGGCCGUGACAAAGUCGACUUGUUCGUGCAUCAUCCUGAUCAGCCACCUGUCGGGGUAGCCGCGCCCGCGCCCGUGCCCGUGCCGACGUCCUCGUCUGGGCGUCCAGGGCCGACGCCGCCGGCUUCGAGUGUAUUGCGGGAGCGCAGGAAGCAGCGCGUCGUGGCCAGCGAGGAUGAGGAGUCGGACGAUAGCGAGGACGAGUCUGAGGAGAGCGCAUCGGCCGUUAGGAGGCAUCGGAGGGCACACCACCGCAGCUCGUCUGUAGCACAGCCGGAGCCGCUGAUCGCCGGAGUGCCUAACGAGCUGCUGCUCCCUGGUGCCGUCAUGACACUGACCGUCGUUAUUAUCGCCGUCUUCACCGUGUCUAGGCUGUCAUCGAGCAGGUAGUGCGUGACUUGGAAUCUCCUCUCCUCCUGUUUCCUAUGCUAUCAGCAAUAUAUGGGAGCAAGGUCAUCUUGGGGUUGGUAUGGUCAAAGAAAAUGGACAAGGCGUGUCUGUUGCGAGCACUGUUUUCAUCUUGUUGCAUGCGCCACCCGUCUUUUUUUUUGUGGAGAACUGUUCUCGAUCCCAUCAUGAUAGGAGGUCGCUCUGGCUCAUCAUACCCAUCUGGAAUGGAGAGUGGGAGAAUGGGGGAGAUGUCCUUGAGGACCUGACGUUACGCGUGCUAUAGAUUUGUAUUGCGUACCUGUCUGAGAUAGAUGACCGCGGUAUUAUUUAAUAUGUCAAACUGCUCCUCACACUCGUUAUUAGUUUCGUCCCGGUAUCAUCUGGGCCUGGCCAAAGGUAGCGGAGGGGUGAGCAUC